GCAGUGGUGACUAGCCCUGGGAGCUCUUCCCUGAAACAGAAGCUUCUGGAAGCCCCAAGCUCUGCUUUCAUCAAUGGUCUUUCCUUGUAUGUGAAUGGACGUGAGGCUUCGUCUGAGGCAGCUGACUCUUCCAAAACCAUGAGCUUAGAGGGAGAACUGCAGAACAUUCAAGAUCAUUGAGCACUGUAAAGGGUCUAAGGAGGAGGCUGGGGAGACAGGGACCUAGUAGGGAGAAUCCAGGCAUUGUACGGGGUCAAGGAGGAGGCUGGGGAGACAGGGACCUAGUAGGGAGAAUCCAGGCAUUGUACGGGGUCAAGGAGGAACCUGGGGAGACAGGGACCUAGUAGGGAGAAUCCGGGCAUUGUAAGGGAUCAAGGAGGAGCCUAGAGAGACAGGGAACUGAGUAGGGAGAAUCCAGGCAUUGUACGGGGUCAAGGAGGAGCCUAGGGAGACAGGGAACUGAGUAGGGAGAAUCCAGGCAUUGUAAGGGGUCUAAAGAAGUGUCUGGGAGGACAGGAAUGGAGUAGGGAGACCCAAGAGGCUCGAUGAGUUGCUAUCCAUGUUCGCAGGAUUAGCAAAUAUUAAUAGAAUAAUUGCCAAUGCCAAAUGUUACUUGGGGAUGGAAAGAUGGCUCAGUGGUUAAGAGCACAUACUGCUCUUGCAGAAGACCCAGACUUAGUUCCCAGCUCCGACCUUGGGUCACUUAGAAUCACCUGUAACUCAAGCUUCCAUGGGAAUCUGAGGUCCUCCUCAGGCCUCCAAGAGCACUGCAUCCAAGACACAUACCCACAGGUGAAUACACAUACUUAAAAUCUUCUUUAUUUUUUUCAGUAUUGCAUUUGCUGUGUUUUCAUAUGGUUCCAGAUGGACACAUCCUAGAUUAUAUUUUAAAGGUGGUGGGAACAGAAGCCACACCCCCAGCAUUAAGAAAGGUGAGGCAGACUGAGAAUGGAAUGGGGGCUCUCCAGGUGCAGCCUGUCUUAAAUUCUCUGGUAGGAGGAGCUGCCAGGCAAAAGGCAAGGAUAAUUGGGGUAUAGGAAGCCUAAAGGCAAUGGGCUCUUGGACUCACGUGAGAGCCCUCCAGGAAUUCUGGGAGCCUGAGGAACUUAACAAACUCAGAAAAAGGGAAUACCUGUCUUGCCGAGUUGGGCUGUUUUCCAGUACUCUAGACCACCUCCCUAGUAAGAACCAGUCACUCACUCCCCAGGGGAUGGAGCUGAGUGCUUAGAUCCUUUGCAGCAGAGGGACAAAGGUUGUAGGGAAGGGCCGGCUCUGGGGUCACUGGGGUCUGAAGGGACCCGUCGUCCCUUCUCCUUCCAGCCUUGUGACCCUGGACUGCCUGUCUGGAGGAUUUGAAGAGAUAGUGAGUGCUGAACACCUGGGACCUCAGAAGGCAUCUCUGCAGAUAGGGCAUUCAUUAUCUGUUUAAUCUUCAGAGAGCCCGAGGCUGCACUUUGACCAAGGGAAGAGCUUUUCUGCUGCAAUUCCCACAGACUCAGAUCUGCCCUGGAAACCCCUCCCCACCACUGAAAAUCCUCUCCUCGCUUCUGUCCUGACCACUAGCCGCUGGUGUUGCGGUAUGACCAGUCCCUCAGCUCAGGGGAAGCGGCCUGGCCCACGACCUUGGAGGAACCUGGGAGAAAGCUUCACCAAACGACAGUACUUUUCCACUGCACUGCGCGGCCACCUCAGCAGGCUUUGUGCUGUGCAGAGAAGAGGCAAAGGGCACCAGGCCGGCCCCAGAAGGAACCCACCCCAAAUCUCCGCUCUCAGAGAUGGGAGUAGUAGGGUCGCUCUGUGGGUGAGGGGCAGCAGGCAGGAAUCCUAGAAAGAGGAGGGGCUCUCCCUGGGAGCCCGGAGCCCACGAGUGAGGCUGGUGAAAUUUGCAUCCGUAAAUCCCUCCGCAAUGUUUUGGGGGAUUCCCACUCCGUAGCCACCCCUCUACUUUCCAUCCUUCCAAAGAUAAAGCUUAAAACAGUUCCAGCCCGCCCGUGCUGGGUCUUGGGAAGCUCGAGUCUGCGUGCGUGGGGGGAAGGGGGAAGAAAGGGAGGGGACAAGAGAGCUAGCGGUCCCGCCCGGUGAUGUAGGCAGCUCAGGGAGGUGGAGCCGCGACGCCUGAAGGAGUUCCCACCGCAGCCGUGCUCUAGGUCUACCUCAUCCACCACCAGUCCCUGCUCCAGAGACGUCCCUGCCGCCGCCCGAUGGGCGGUAGGGACCGUGGCAACCCCCCCACCCCCAUAUUCGGACCUGGGGGACAUCCUUUGCUCCAGACCCCUGUCCCUUCUUGCUUCCCAGACGGCUGGAGUCAUUCCUUGGGGAAGCUGUUUCGGGCCAAUCAGCCGCCGCACGGGCAUCUCGGCGGCCAGCCGGGCUGGGCACCGGGCAUCUAUGAAGCCAGCCCUGCCGGACACUGGACAUCACGCAACGACUGUCUCUGGCCUCCACCCAGCUUGUCGCGAGUCCUGGGCGGUGGGCUUCUGAGCUCCUUUGGCCUCCCCAGGACGCGGGUGAGCUCCCCGCGCUCCCAGCCCUUGGGACCGCCGCGAUGCUGCCCUGGAGACGGAACAAAUUUGUGCUGGUGGAGGACGAGGCUAAGCGCAAGGCGAAGAGCCUGAGCCCCGGGCUCACCUACACGUCGCUGCUCUCCAGCUUCCUGCGCUCCUGCCCGGAUCUGCUACCGGACUGGCCCCUGGAGCGUCUGGGCCGCGUGUUCCGCAGCCGGCGCCAGAAAGUGGAGCUUAACAAGGAGGACCCCACCUACACCGUGUGGUACCUGGGCAACGCCGUCACCCUGCACGCCAAGGGCGACGGCUGCACCGACGACGCCGUGGGCAGGAUCUGGGCGCGCUGCGGGCCGGGAGGGGGCACGAAGAUGAAACUGACGCUGGGCCCGCACGGCAUCCGCAUGCAGCCGAGCGAGCGCAGUACCGGGGGUUCGGGGGGUCGCAGGCCGACGCACGCCUACCUGCUGCCGCGCAUCACCUACUGCGCGGCGGACGGGCGCCACCCGCGGGUCUUCGCCUGGGUCUACCGCCACCAGGCGCGCCACAAGGCCGUGGUGCUGCGCUGCCACGCCGUGCUGCUGGCGCGGGCUCACAAGGCGCGCUCCCUGGCUCGGCUGCUCCGCCAGACCGCGCUGGCGGCCUUCAGCGACUUCAAGCGGCUGCAGCGGCAGAGCGACGCGCGCCACGUGCGCCAGCAGCACCUCCGCGCGGGGGGCGCUGCCGCCUCGGUACCCCGCGCCCCACUGCGCCGCCUGCUCAACGCCAAGUGCGCCUACCGGCCUCCACCCGGCGAGCGCAGCCGCGGGGCUCCGCGGCUCAGCAGCAUCCAGGAGGAGGACGAGGAGGAGGAUGCGGAGGAGGAGGACUCCCGGGACAGCGAGGGAGGAGCCCUGCAGCGCGAGCGGCCGGAGGUGCUCAGCCUGGCCCGGGAGCUGAGGACGUGCAGCCUGCGGGGCGCCCCGGCGCCUCCGCCGCCCGCGCAGCCCCGCCGCUGGAAGGCAGGCUCCAGGGAGCGGGCGGCCCAGGCUCGCUGAGAGCGCAGGGCUAGGACUCGGGCCCUAGACCCGGCCCAGCAGACUGACCAGGACUCUUAACCCGGCCCUGCCCGCUUCCGCCCCCCUGGUCCCAUGGCCUGCCGCCCUUGCGGUCUCCGUAGUGGUCACCUUGCUCCUCAUCCUAGCUCAGGGUGAAGCCGGAUAUGCCCUUGAUUAUUAGGGGUGGAGAGGAGUCCACUUCUCUCCACACUGGGAGUUUCCCUGGUCCUCCACUGUGGAAUUGUCCCCACGCUUUAUGCCAGGUCUCCCCACAGACCAACUUGUUCUCUUCCAAAACAGCCUCUCAGGAGAAGGGGAAACGUUUGCGGGAACCCUGGAGGGUGGGUUUUGAACCCAGGACCCCGUCUAGGGUAGGAGUAAUGGUCCUGCCCUUGGUCUCUUAUUCCCUGUGAUAAGAACACCCUGGGGAGAUUUCAGAUAAGGAAGAGAAUGGAGUGAGUGGGGAGAAUUGAGGAGAGCCCCACCGAGGACUCCCACCUGGGACCAUACACACAGGGAGGGAUUCUUGGUCAUACUCUUUAUUUACCCUUUGGAAGGCUCCUGACACUUCACUGCUCUGCCUGUGAAAGGGACUGGGAUGGUCCUGUCUACGUGCAAAGGACAGAGUGGGACAGUCGACCGGCCCUACACUAGGCAGCUAUCCAAGCCUCUGCCUUGGCAUUCCUACAGGGCUUCACUCAUCCCCUCUCUUGCAGACAGAUAACUGGUCUACCUAGGUACCCUGCAUCCUGGACCAAGAUGGAACCUCCGAAGGAGGUAAGGACACAUGCCCCAAACAAGCCAAGGCUUUCAGGCCAAGCAGGUCCUGAUCACAGCUGUACUUCCAUGCAGGAUGAGGGCGGGAGAGGUGUGAACACAGAGGGGAAGGGAGUCCCUGCCCGGGUAUCUCCACAAGGCCAUCAAAACCCAAAGAUCUAUGUCAUCUACUGAUCGAUGUAAAUAAAGUGGAUAUGCUUUUGCA